AUGGUCCAAGAAAUAACUACCCUAACUUUGCGUCCUUCUGAGGGAAAGGCCGGUAGACCCAUCAAAGUCAGAGCCAACUUCUUUGAGGUCACUUCACUCCCAAACCAGAACAUCCAUCAUUACGAUGUCAGGAUUGAUCCUAUUCUCAAGAACGACAAGGUCAAUCGCAAAAUUUGGGAAGCCUUGGAAGUCUUAGAGGCAGAUAAUAUCUUUAAGGGAAUCAAGAUCAUCUAUGAUGGUCGUGCCAAUGCCUUUGCUCCUAAAGCGCUGCCAUUGGGACCCACCAGCCUCAAGACCUUUGAAGUUAAUCUAGGCGAUUCCAGAAACCCGGAAAAGUCCACAUUCAGAGUUGCAAUUAAGCACGUAAAUGAGAUCAACCUUGAAGAAUUGGCACGUUUCCUCCGUGGUGAAGGUGCCUCUACCAACAAUGUCUUGACAUCUGUUAUGGUUUUGGAUGUAUUGAUUCGACACAUGCCUGCCUCCCUUGUGGACUACACUGCCUUUGGUCGAUCAUUCUUUAUCCCUCAGGAUAAGCGCCCCUUGCCCAACGGUGUAGAGACAUGGCAGGGUUACUACCAGUCGGCAAGACCUACACCUGGCAAGAUGAUGCUUAAUGUGGACGUGAGCGCCAGUGUGUUUUACCAGCCCGGUCCUUUGCCUGAUUUGAUCGUCAAAAUCCUUGGAAAGCGAUCUCUGGAUGAGCUGCGUGGUGGUCUGAGAGACCGCGACAUCAAGAUCAUUGAGAGAACUAUCAAGGGCCUUCGCCUCAAAGUAACCCAUCGCGGUGAGCAGCGACGUGAUUAUGGUAUUCAGCGCUUGACUAUCACACCUGCCGACAAGACAAUGUUCACAACCGAGGAUGGUCAGGAGUACACCGUUGCAGGCUUUUUCCAAAAGCAGUAUAACAAGCGUCUGGCUUUCCCCUUCUUGCCAUGCGUUGUUGUACGCAAGGAUGUGUUUUUGCCUAUGGAGGUGUGCAACAUAUUGCCUGGACAGAGAUUCCGUCAGAAGCUUAAUGAGGCCCAGACAGCCGAGAUGAUCAAGUUCACCUGCACCAAGCCCCACAUUCGUGCCAAUAAAAUCAAGCAAGGAAUUCAGCUUCUGCAGUACCAGGCCAACCCUUAUCUGCAAGCAUUCUCUGUCAAAGUCAAACCCGAGAUGGCUAUCAUUAAAGCCCGUGUCUUACCGCCACCCACCAUUUCUUACCACCCUGCGUCCCAAGAGCCAGUGUUUGCUCCACAGGGCGGUGUCUGGUCUCUCAGAGGCAAGAAGGCCUGUACGGCUGCUAGUCUGACUUCGUGGUCUAUUGUGAACUUUACCCACCAGAUGCCAAUUACAGUUAUCCAACGGUUUGUUCGUGAGUUGUGCCAGACAUUUUCAGACAUUGGAAUGAAUGUUAUCAACCGUACUCCUGAUAUUAUUUCUGCCGAUCCCCAGGGCAACAUUGAGCGUACCCUAAAAGAAGCUUGGCUUAAAGCAGGUAAUCAAGCUAAAGCCCAGCCGCAGUUGAUAUUUUGUGUCAUGCCACAUCGUGGUACCCCAUUGUACGCCGAAGUCAAGCGUGUGUCGGACACAGUUAUUGGAGUUCCCAGUCAGUGUUUGCAAAGCAAGCACGUUUCCGAAGCAAAGAAACAACUGUGUGCCAACGUAGCGCUGAAGGUCAACAUGAAACUGGGUGGUCAGAAUGUCAAGCUUGCCCCCAACCAGAUUCCAUUUAUUGCCCAGCGACCCACAAUUGUGUUUGGUGCCGAUGUGUCUCACCCUGCUCCGGGAGACUUUUCUCGUCCUUCGAUUGCGGCAUUGGUUGCCAGUAUGGAUGUUAAUGCUGUUCGUUAUGCCAGCUCUAUCCGUAUUCAGGCCAACAGAACCGAGGUGAUUGCCGACCUUGGAAAUAUGGUCAAGGACAUGCUCAAGGUGUUCUAUCAUACAUGCGGGCAGAAACCGGAACGUAUCUUGUUUUACCGUGAUGGAAUUUCCGAGGGCCAAUUUAGCGAAUCGAUGAACAAUGAGGUCAAUGCUAUCAAGGCCGCCUGUCUGGCUCUUGAUCCCACAUACAACCCCACCCUGACCUUCAUUAUUGUCCAGAAGCGUCAUCAUGCCCGAUUCUUCCCUAUCGACCAGCGCGAUACCGAGAAAUCUGGCAACUGUCUUCCAGGAACUGUAGUGGAUACAGAUGUCGUUCAUCCAUUUGAGUUUGACUUUUACCUUCAGUCCCACUCUGGUCUCCAGGGAACAUCUCGUCCCACCCACUACCAUGUUCUCAAGGAUGAGAACAACUUUACUCCAGAUGCACUUGCUGAACUAUCUUACCGUAUGUGCUAUACUUACGGCCGCUGCACUCGUGCUAUCUCAAUGGUCACUGCUCCUUAUUACGCCCAUCUUUUGGCUGCGCGCGCUCGCUUCCACCGUCGCAAUGAGAACUGGUCUGAUGGUGCGACUACCGAAAGCAUGGACUCGGAGGGACAAAUUGCAAGCUUUUCAGCUGUCAAGCCUGAUCUACAGAAAGUCAUGUACUAUAUGUAGCUUUUUUUGAUUUUAGUAUCAGAGCCAUGUUGUCGUUCAUUGCCUUUCUUUACUUGCACUCUUCUGUACUCAACAUAUCGACCUUACACAUCUAGGGCUUGUGUCCGUUGACAAUACUCAAUAAAUGAAUGAAUUAAUUAAUAAAAGC